UAAAUAUAGGAGAGAGUCAAGAAAUGAGUUCCAACUUCCAACCAUAAAAAUUUCAACAGUUGUUAAGUUACAAGUCUCUCUAAACACACACACACACACGUCUCUCCUCACAGCCAAUCAUCGACCAUAGCUAGAUUUCGUUUUUUGUUCCGUUGGUUUUUCUUUCUUGGUAUCAUCAACCAAAACUUCACGCGCAUAUCUUCAAGGAUGUUGAGCUGUUCUAAUGGUACCGUCGUGAUCGCAACCGCCAUGGUUUGCUCAAGCACCGCUCUGUUUCUCGCCAUGGCUCGUCAGUUCCAUGGAAAUAAUCAAACCUCUAAGGUUCUUGAUCAGACUCCACAACCCAUUCUCCGUUCUUGUCUAUCUUCAGAGGAAACGAAGAAACAAAGGAAGAAGAUAAAGAAAGUGCGGUUUGCGGAUAAUGUGAAAGACACUAAAGGGAACGGGAAAGAGUACCGGAGGAGAGAAUUGAACCGGAUCAACGUACCGGAGCCAGUGACAAAACCGGGAAAGAACGGUUCAAGUUGUAGAAUCUCCACCAUGCCAGCGAACCGGAUGGCUCUGUACAAUGGGAUUCUCAGGGAUCGAGAUUAUAGAACUCAAUGUUCUUAUUGACCUUUUCUUCUUGACCAAAUAAGUCAAUAAAUUUAGGUCUGUAAAUCUUUUCUUAAUAUUAGACUCUCUUUUUUUUUUUGAAAAUUUCAGAAAUUGUACUAGGUGUCUUUUUUUUUCUACUAUCUACCUUUUCUUAUUAGUUGUUUUAGAACUAAGUGACAAUGUAAAUAAUUGAUCUGUAAAUAAUGAUUAGCAAAAUGAAAAGGUAAAAGAUUA